AUGCUGUCCUCGGUGCGAGGCAGCUCCUCCGCGCUGCUUCGGGCGGCACCCAGGUGUAUCAGAGCGUCGCGCUCGACACCGACGGUCGUCACUCAGAACCAGGUCUAUACCCACAAUCGUAGCUAUGUGACGGAAAUCUGGAAAAACAAAACUUCGGACAUUGGAACCGCUUUGGCGCGCUCAAAAGACCUGUUCAAGACGUACAAACCCGUGUCGCCAGGUAUUCGUCACUUAAAGCGCCCAUUAAACCCCCAUCUUUACGAGGGACGACCGCUGCGCUCCUUGACCGUUGCUAAACGCAAGAACGGUGGGAGGAACGGCCAUGGGCACAUCACUGUGCGGCACCGUGGUGGAGGGCACAGGCAGCGCAUACGAAUCAUCGACUACAAGCGCGAGGCACCUGGAGUUCACGACGUAGUUCGCAUAGAGUACGACCCCAACAGGUCGGCACAUAUUGCUUUGCUCUAUAAUCGCGACCCCAAAGCCAUCGGCGACAAGAAAUGGAGUUAUAUCAUCGCUACUGAAGGUAUGCGCGCCGGAGACGAAGUCCGCAGCUUCAGACAGGGAAUUCCUUCCAAUUUCUUAGCUUCGCAUGGAGUUUCAUCUCUCACUAAGACUGAGAAGAAAGCCCCGACUCAAAACAAAACUUCAGAAGAAGCAGCAGCCGAAGCGUUGGACCAAGCAUCCGACCAUUCUCUGGCGCUCGGUCUCCUUCGCUCCUUGAUUCUGAAGCCAGGAUACGUUCUUCCUUUGCACCUUAUUCCUCCCGGAACUGUCAUCAACUCCAUUACUCUAUCUCCCACUGGACCGGCGCGUCUCGUACGCUCUGCGGGAUCUUUCGGGCAGGUCGUCGCCUACGAAGAAGGGGCAAAAUAUGUCCAAGUACGCCUUCAGAGUGGAGAAGUGCGCAAGAUUUUGCGUGACUGCUGCGCGACUAUUGGAAAAGUCAGCAAUCCUCUGUGGAAAAAUCGCAACCUGGGCAAAGCCGGUCGUUCUCGCUGGUUGGGUAUUAGGCCUGCAGUCCGUGGUGUUGCCAUGAACGCCAAUGACCAUCCUCACGGAGGAGGACGUGGAAAGUCGAAAUCAAACAAACAUCCCGUUUCUAUUUGGGGUUGGGGCACUAAGGGUACAAGGACGAGAAAGCCUGGCCCCAAGGGACCGAAGAAUAGUAACAAGAUGGUCAUUCGUGAGCGUCCUAGAGGAGUAGAAAAGCGCGGUACAUCCUAA